AUGGACAACAGCAUCCAUCCCCGCCGUCCCAAUCAUCCUUCAAUACAUCCUUCUUCUCGUCGCCAUCAGCGCAGCCAGAGCCAGCCAACGGACGACGAGACCAUAUACCCUUCCCCUGCCCCGUCUCCCAGACCUGGUCUCCGCCUGUCACUCCAUCUCUCCAACAACAAGAUCGACAUCACCUCCCACUCCCCCUCUUCCUUCUCUUCCUUCUCCUCUUCCUCGUCUUCCUCCUCUUCCUCUUCUUCCUCAACCACUCCACACCCGCCACAGCACACCCACCACCACCAGUUCCCUUACUCCUCCGCAACUCCGCGGCACUCAACUUCCUCGUCCUUGUCCAUAUCGUCACAAUAUACCUCUGCCACUGCUUCCUCCGCCUUUGCCCCGUCCUACACCGGUCUCACAGAUACCUCUUCCUCCUCAACCACCACCCCCAACCACACCCCUCUCAAUGGAUCGCCAUCGUCCCCCUUUUUGGCCAACGAUUCUCCUUCAGCCGAGACCGCCGCACACAGCAGCAGCAGCAGCAACAGCAACAGGUCCAGUUUCAACUUCACUGGCCACACUCUUAGGGGCAAACGACCCGCGUCCUCCUCCUCCCUCUCCAGACUCGCUGCCUUCACCACCAACGACGGUUCCACAAAGACCCUAAUGUGCUGCCCACAUUGCACCGCCCCCCUCUCUGUAGCCAUCGUUCAAAGACCGCGACCCAUCUCCACCCCGUCCUCUGGCUUCAUAUCUCCGUCCUCCUUCCCCUCCUCUCCAACCACUGCACCCUCGCCAUCGUCCACUCCCACUCCCGCUGACACCAUCAGCACAGCCCCGCUCCCAUCCCCUUCCUCCCCAGCAGCAUCCCAGACCCAGACCGUCUCCUCUUUAGCCCAGGCCUUUCAAACCCUCUCGUCAACCGCCCAAAUCGCCUUGCUGGCCCAGCUUGUCAACAUCUGCACCAUCUCCCAGCUCACCCACCUCUCCUCCAUCAUCGCCCCAAAACUUAAACGCGACUUCCUACGGGACCUGCCUCUCGAACUCGCCCACCAUAUUCUCUCCUUUGUCGACGACCCACAAUCGCUAGCAAGAAUCAGCCAGGUAUCGAGGUUCUGGCACGAGCUAGUCGAGACCGAGGACUGGGUCUGGCGCACACAAUGUGUCCUGCAAUUCGGCCCAACCUCCUGUUCCUCCUUGCCAAGCCCAAAGUCUUAUAGGGCCCCGAGGAUGGGUUUUCUGUAUUCAACGAGUCCGACGAGUCUGGAUGCAGUGUCAAACACGCUGAAGGCGCUUUCCAACACUGCCAGUAGUGCAAAUGGGACUAGUAGUGCUGGCGGCGGAUCUAGCGUGAAUUCGUCCCAUCGGCUAUCGCUCACCUCGACUGCCACUGCUAGUUCCGGUUUAGUUUCAGGAACGACGACCACGACAACAGGUGAGCCGACUUGUUCUUUGACAAGAGCUUCUCCAGCCUGGGCGAAUACCCGUGAGCUGCCCCUGAUCUCGACUUCGACUACUCCUUCUCCUUCGUCCGCGGGACUGGGUAUCGCAGCCGUGCCAACACCGACUAGCGGUAACAAUACUGCAACCUCGACGGUCCUCUCUUCGAUGCUGUUGGCCAAUCAGGGGUCACUCUCUUCUCCACUGUUGCAUCAUGGCCCAUGCGACAACAAUAGUAGUGCAGGUGGUACAACCUCUAUAUCCAUGUUGCGCUCGGGCAUGACAUCAAGAUUGACAGCUACGUCAGCUGCAGCUUCGACCUCACCUUCAACCUCAACCGCUGUGUCAGGAUCGGCUUCUCCGACAUCACUGUCGUCUCCAGAGGCACUCGGUGGCGUCAUGUCUGCACUGUCGGUCUUGGAGGGGAAAACCAAGAGGACGACCCCUGAUACCCCAUUGUCGGAUUUGCAGCUGCAACAAAGCCUUCUUUACAGUGGACAAUUGGUAUUACAGCAACAGCAGCAGGAGCAGCAACAGCAAGCGCGACUGUACCGACAGACGACGUCGUACAAGGCGUACUUCAAACGACGAUAUAUGAUUGACCGCAAUUGGUUCUUGGGACGGCACAGUCUUAUUUCAAACACCACACCGGAAACUGGAGUCGUGACCUCGCUGCAGUUUGAUCAUCAUCAUAUUGUGGUUGGAUGCGAUAACAGCCGGAUUCAGAUCUUUGAGACAACAACAGGUCGGUUAUUGAGGACCUUGAAGGGCCAUUCAGGAGGCGUCUGGGCGCUAGAAUUCGUCAAGGGCGUGGGUGCUACGGGUGAAAAAAUCUUGGUUUCGGGGGGAUGCGACCGUGAGGUGCGUGUCUGGGAUAUGAACACAGGAUGGUGUCGUCAGGUUAUGUCUGGCCAUAGCGGUACGGUCCGCUGUCUGAAGUUGCAUCAACUUCCUGCUAACACCAGGACCAGCAAUAGCAACAGCGGCAGUAGUAGCAGCGCGACUAUCUCUGCUCAGGAGACUCAGCCACGACAACAUUUAGCCAUCACCGGAUCCAGGGACGCAACCCUUCGAGUCUGGGACAUCCAGACCGGCAAGAACAUCUUUCUACUCCAAGGUCAUCGGGACUCUGUGCGGUGCAUGGAAGUCCGUGGGGAACUGCUGGUCUCGGGAUCAUACGACUGCACCGCCCGUGUCUGGAGUCUGGUCACUGGAGAGUGUCUGCUGGUCCUGCAGGGUCACUUCCAACAGAUUUACUCGAUUGCAUUCAAUGGCGAAUACAUCAUCACCGGCUCUUUGGACUCGACCUGUCGACUCUGGUCACCCGUCUCGGGACAAUGUCUGGCGACCCUGCAAGGGCACACUCAGCUGGUCGGACAGCUGCAGUUGUCCGGCGACAGUUUGAUGACCGGCGGAGGGGACGGGUUCAUGUACCUGUGGAACCUUAAAUCAAUGGAGUGUCAGUAUCGGGUACAGGCCCAUGACCAGUCCGUGACAAGUCUGUGCUUCGACGCCAAGAGGAUCGUCACCGGUGGAAACGAUGGUGCCGUCAAGCUCUGGGAUCGUCAGACAGGCAAAUUUAUCCGCCUGUUGACAAAGACCGAUGCCGCCAUCUGGAGGGUCGCUAUCUGUGAGGAACGCGUCGUCAUGUGCAUGCAGAAGAAUGGACACACCGCCAUGGAGGUCCUGUGCUUUGAUUCUGAGGCGCCCCUGUUGCCAGAUACCCACACAACCACGUUUUUGCAGGACCAUCUCCUCCACCAUCCUCACUCUUAG